UAUUACGUCCAACCGCCAAGUACCGAAGCCCUACCCAUUGCCCAUCAAAACUUCUACAUGCACCCAACCAACCAAUGAAGGACCCGUCCUUCUUUCUCCUAAAAAACUCUCUGGGAGCCAAGAUGAAGAAGGGCAUCAGAACUUUUUGCAAUGAUGAUGGCUCAACCUCUACCCUUAACCAGCAAAAUAAAACCAACCAUGGCGACUCCACCAGCAUGGUCACCCCGUUUCCCGUUGCCUCCCCUUAUAAUUCGCACAAUUCUAAUUCGGGACAAAGCACAACAUUGGAGGAGAUGAUAUUGCAGUUGGAAUUAGAAGAGGAGGUUGCUAGAAAAGCUAAGCUUAAUGACCGUACCCGAAUUCAGGGUAGGAUGUCAUGUGUCAACAACUCUGACAUCUUGAGGUCUGCUAGGAACGCAUUGAAUCAAUACCCUCGCUUUUCUCUCGAUGGAAAGGAUGCCAUGUAUCGGUCUUCUUUCAGAAACAUGAGUGGUAAUAUUGAAAAGGCGGAAAGAAAAUCAAUCAGCUCCGGCGACCAUGCACUCAGAGGAAGAUUCUCGGAAACUGAUUUUGAUUCCAAGUUAGGAAGAAAUUGGACUUUGCCCCAAACUCUAGCAGGAGAGAGUGUGGUAUGGUGCCAACCUGGAGUGGUGGCUAAGUUGAUGGGUCUAGAGGCCAUGCCAGUGCCAUUAAGCGGCAAAUAUGGUAAACAAAAGUUGAGCUCUAUCAUAAAAAAGCAGAAUCUCAGGAGGAGAGCAGAGAGGCAUGAAGUGGAGAGAAGACUUGCUAUGGAUAACUGUUGUAAUGGAAUCAAGAGAGGGAGGAUGGCUUCCUGUUCAAGGACUGGAUACUGUGUUAUGAAGCCGGUUGCAGUGGAGCCAACGAGUGUUCCAGCAGUUUGGCCAAUCAGGCGCUUUCUUUAGAUUCUCACAGCAAAGUCAAAUCUCCGAUCUAAGUAUGCCUGGGAAGAGUUGCUGAUCACGAUAUCGCUUUGCAUGCUGGGUGUUUGGACUUUGGAAGCAAUGUUACAUUGUCAUAAUCUCGUUUUACAGAUUGUUAUAACCUUUUUAUUUUCAAUUAUGGCAGCCCUUUUCUCA